AUGGACUCGGCGAUCCGACAUCAGAAGUUGGGAAUCACCCAGAUACGCACACUCGAAGUUGGAGUCCAAUUCUCCAAUCCGAACACGACAAAUGGAGGAAACUUUUUUAUUUAUUUACAACAUCGUUACAUGCUUGAAUUGGUAAACUAUAUGAGGGCGCCCAAAGAUGAUGCAACGAAGAGUACCGCCACAGAGGACUGCCAUAUGUUACCGAUGUGGACAACCGGGGCACAUAGCGCCUACGUGUCCAACUAA